AUGGUGCUUUCAUCUUCGUAUUUAGGAGUGUACACUCAGGAGGAGAUUGAGGAAAUAGAUCCUGAAUCUUUCUCACCAAGUUCUAAUGAAGUAUCAAUUGUAUAUGAUGCGAAUCACCUGAUUUAAAUGAACGACCAGAACUACAAAUAAGUUCUUAAAAUGCUUGAGGAUCAAAAAGACGCUAUCUUAUCUAUUCUGUUUUGUGAUCUUGAGAAUGAAUAAUGCAGAGAAUUCAUUUAACACUAUGAAUAUCUGGCUCACAGGCUAGAUAAACUAGGACAUCAUGAUCUAUUUUUUGCAUAAAAUGACGUUCGAGUUUCUAAAGGACAACUUUACUCGUUCUUCCACUACCAGUAUGAUCUUGAAGUUCAUGCUUUAGUAGAUUUCUUGCGAUAACUUAAGCCCCAGUAUCCCGAACUAAUAGUGACUCCCGAGAGAUUUGAUGAGCUCAGAAGAGAAUAAGAUCAUAACUUUGUUAUGGCAAUCUCUGACAAUCCCUAACUCAAGGAUCAAAUGAUGCUGAGUUUAGUACAUUUGCAAAAUCAAAACUAGCAUGUUAAGUUUACCUAUAUUGAGGAUUCAGCUAUCUUGCCAGAAAAAUACCAAAAGCUUAUCACAUAAAAGAUGGUUGUCAUUCGUAAUGCAAUGAUUGACGACUUUGAGCUUUUGGAAAACGUUGAGCCAGGCAAUGACAUGACUGAGCUAGAAUACAACUUACUUAGAGCAUUGAAAUCCAGAAUUAACUACCUUGAUUUAGACAACAUUCAUUUGUAUGCUACUUUUGAGAGACCUAUUGUUGGAAUUGUCUCAAUUCAUCCUACAAUUCAUAACUUGGAUAAAAAUGCAUAAUUCUACAAAGUCCUUGCUAGAUUCUUGAAUCAAGGAGGACUUAAGUUACAUCCAGAAUUCGAUUAUGUUAUUCUAAAUGGAUUUGAUAUAAAAGGUGUUACUCACGAUCUUCAACUUGAUGAAUCAGAAAGAGGAUUUCAUUUAAUCAUACUAGAAGAUGCAGAAACUGGUUUUAGAUUCGAAGGAAACAUUAUGAGAGAAAAGGAAAACUAAUAGGUUCUUCAAACAGCAGAUAUUAUAAACAACUUCAUUAGUAUGUACAAGAGUAAGCAACUAAAUCAGUAUUUCAGAUCUGAAAACAAAAAUGAUUAAGCAGAGUAUGAUGAAAAGGGCAUUUUGAAGCUAACUGGCCAUAAUUUCAAGAAAUAAACGCAAUAAGGUCGUGAAAAGCCAUUAUAUAUAAUGUUUACAGAUGAAAUGUGUCCACUUUGCGAUGAAAUGGGAGUAUACUUUGAUAAGCUAUCCUAAGAUUUCUAAGGGUAUUAGUUUGCCAAAAUGAAUCUUCAUUUUAAUAAUCCUAGCAGCCACUACAAGCAUAUUAUAAGCCGAGAAGGUGUACCUCAAUUUUUUAUAGUUAAUGACCCAGAAAUGAACCUAAGGUUUGAAAGUAAUCAUAACACUUUUGAUGAAAUGAGAGAUUUCUUGGAAUAGCACAAACCUUAAUACUCAGAGUCUGAAAAGUUACCUAAGGUUAACAUUGAAAGUCCAAAAAAUACGCAUGAUGAGUUAUGA